AGGCGCGGUGCCCGCCCCUCCCCCGCCGGGCCCGCCCCUCGUUGGGGGCCGCCGAGCGCAGUCUACCGCCGCCACCUCAGCCGCGCUCUGUCCCGACGGACGCUCGCCGCCAGCAGUCUGCCGCCCGUCGCUCGCCUCCCGGCGCUGACCGUUCCGCACGCCCGCCGCCGCAGCCGGCGCACCCGAUUCAUCCAUGAGCUCGGAUUUCCCACAUUACAACUUCAGGAUGCCUAAUAUUGGAUUCCAGAAUCUGCCUCUCAACAUAUAUAUUGUGGUUUUUGGCACUGCUAUAUUUGUCUUCAUCCUUAGUUUACUCUUCUGUUGCUACUUGAUUAGGCUAAGACAUCAAGCACACAAAGAAUUUUAUGCCUACAAACAGGUUAUAUUAAAAGAGAAAGUAAAAGAACUGAAUUUACAUGAGCUCUGUGCAGUGUGUCUAGAAGACUUCAAGCCUCGAGAUGAGUUGGGCAUUUGUCCAUGUAAGCAUGCCUUUCACAGAAAGUGCCUUAUUAAGUGGCUCGAGGUUCGUAAAGUAUGUCCACUGUGCAACAUGCCAGUUCUGCAGCUGGCCCAGCUGCACAGUAAGCAGGACCGUGGACCCCCGCAGGGGCCCCUGCCCGGGGCAGAGAACAUCGUAUAGCUCCCCCAAGGACCAAACUGCUGUGGGAUCCGACAUCCAUAUGGAGCCAGGAGGAACACAAGCGGUCUCUGCGUUGGCUGCUCUACCUGGGGCACCAGCUGCCACUUCCUUUGCCUCAUGAAGAACUCGGGCCAGCUACGCUGGGAAGCCAGACUGCUGGGUCUUGUGACAACCAAAGCACGCUGACACUACCCCAUGCCAAGAGAAGAGGAGUGGAUGAUGGAUAAGCCUUCCGGUUACAUUCAAGAAAUUUCAUGAGGGUCUCUUACUGACGCCAUUACUCUGUCUCCCAGAUACUUUUCUCCAUGUCAAGGUGAAUCUUUAUCAAGCAGAAGGCAAGAUAGGAUUGUUAGAGAAGGGAACUGAGGGCAGGUGUUUAAAGCCCCCCCGCCCCCCCCCCCCACCCUGUGGACAGAUGAGCUUCUAUGCAGACCGUGCAUGCUUUUGCAGCAGCAGACCCUCCUGGCAGUCCCUGAGCCAAGUAAAACCAGCGGUUACCUCAGUUGAAGCCCGACUGGUUGCCAGUGAUUGGUGAGGCAGUGUCAACAAGGCUUUUCACAUUAUGUUCCUUUGAUAAAGUCAUCUUGGAACCCAGGGGCUUUGGUUACCACAGAGCAGCAGUGCCCCCUCGCCACUCCUUCUCUCUCAAGUUCAUGACACUUGCUUAUCAAAUCAUCUAAACACAUUAGGUGCGCUUGGAAAGGCUGGUCAGAAGUCAUUUCCUCUUAUUCUUGCCCGCCCCCCCAAGCUCCCCAGUGAAGCCCAGCCAGGCCGCCCAUCUGGAGCCCCAGCAGGGGAUGUGCUGUCCGUGUGUGACCCAGGGAGCCUCAGGGUCCUGCCCACCCCCAUACAGUGGGGUUCCAGUGCAGCUGCUGGUCUUAGCCCACUGCCUCAGUAAGGAGCUGCUGUGAGCCUCUCAGAUGGCUCCCAAGGGGAGCUUCUUCCUGAGAAUGGCCAGUCUUCCCGGCCCUGCUGAGACGAGAGGAUGCUGACUCCCUUGCCUCUCUCCACUCCUUCCGUUUCCUUCCCUCUCCUGCCCUGUAUUUCUACUUGAGAAAAUGCCUGUCAUUGGCUUUUUAACAAUUUGAAGCAUCCCAAAUGAGAUCUUUCUGUAAUUCUGAAGCGAGGGAUCCACUUGAAAUUGUAAAUAGUUUCAGGAAGCUCCCGUAGGGCUGUUCACCCAUUGGUGUGUGCCUCAGUAUUCAGACUUGCGAUAAGUAAUUUAAAGUGUCUUUAUAGGAGAGAAGUGCAUGCUGCUCUCUGGCUCUUUCCAACUUUUCUAGAAAUGACUGAAGAGUCCAUUCGGAUUCAUGAAUACUGUAUAAAUUUGCCAUCUGAAGUGGCUUUGGGUCAGAUAGAAAGUUCUUUUCCACGGCACUGCUUUCCACCUCCUUCUGUUAUAGGGUGGACUCUUCGUCAAGAGCUUUGCCUCUGCUCCAUUCCCCAGGUGUGCGUGAGGACAGUUUCUCAUUGGAAAUGUGGUCUGCAUGGUAUGGAGAGAGAAUGGAGGAAGCUUUACUACUCUGUUCAUGGCAUGUCUCCAGGGAUUUUUUUCUGGAUUCGUCUCUACCAUCUUAGAAUGGGAGACAGAACCUGUCCUUGGCUCAGAUGGCUGGGGUCAGAUGAGGAAAAUUCCCAUUAGCCUAGGAAAGUGCUGGACAAAAUCCAGUUUGGAAAAUUACAAAUCCAGUUGGUCAGAAUUGGCUGUUUCCUCCUUGUGACCUAUUCAUGUCACGCCAACUGGCUGCUUCAACAGGGCAAGGAAGUGUGGGGUACUUUUAUAUGAAAGCCUUAGCCUGUUGGGCAUCCUUGAAAAGAGAUUUUCAUGCGCUCCUACUUUCACCAUUUCUGCGUUGUGUCGGUAGCACAAUGGAGUUGAAUACUGCAAAGCACCCAGUUUACAGUGAAAUGUUUCCAGUGACCAGUGUCAAAAGUAGGUCUGCUUCUAACGAGCCUCAGUUGUGGCCAACACCCACCAUUCCCCAUGGGAUGGCUUGGGACAGAUCUCACCUUGUUACGAGGUUCCAACAGGAAAGAGAAUUUUUCCCCUGAAGGGAGGAAUUCGCAUGCUCUAAAAACUGCAAAUGAUUUCAGCUCACAGCUUUGGCAAGAUUAUAACUCAUCGGUUGCAGCUUUUUUCUGUCCCUGUAUGUGUGGGUAGAUUAGUUCAUUUCCCUGUCACAGGAAGGGCAAGUUGAUCUGGUUGGUGCAUAGUUCCAGCCAUUAGAGGAAAGCGCCAGAAUGCCGUUCACUCUCCAUUGGGCACCAACCCCCAUGAGGUGCCGCUAACGUGACCUCCACACCUGUGAAUGCGGAAGGCUUUUUAAAUGCCACCCUUUCACCAGGGUGGGGCUGGAUAUGGAGUGGUGAAUAUUCACUCUGCUCGCCAUCUCCUUUCUUGGCUCGGUGUCCCACUGCAGCUCAGCCAGUGUCACCCAGAGUAGUCGUUCCUGCCACUCUUAGCAAGACAACCUGAAUGCACUGCUCCCCACACCUGGGUCCUCCUCCAGGACUCUGUGCUGCACUGUCAUUAUUGCCAAUGGCCAGGGCUUAAUUUACAUCUUCAAUUCUGAUUCAAACACAGUUGUCUGUGGACAAGGUUAAAUCUUCAUCUGAACUUUUUAAAGAAUGGGUUAAGGAUCCCCUAAUACUCUUGGCACAGGCUCACACCUUACACUGAGGCCACCCUGGCCACAUCUAUCUUUUGUUAGGAAGUUGUUGGUGAUCUUUUGUUAAUCUGUAGACAUGUGGGGACUUUGGUCUGCUCUUGGGCCACUGGGGGGGUGACAUAGCAGGUUUUGGGGGUUUGUUUUGUUUUGUUUUGUUUUUUACUUUGUCUUGCUGUGUCUAAACAGCUCAAAGAUCAGAUGUUACUUGUAUGCCGUGGGUUAAAAGAAUGUAACUCAGCCCCAACUGAACUCCAUGGGUGGCUGCAUCAUUAUCUAGUUGUUGCUAGAAGUACAGCCGAAUUCAGGUGGCUUUAGAAACAGGGAACAAAACCAGCCUGACUUGAUUCCUGAUGAAGUAGGCAUAAGACAUUGUCAUCUGCCGCUUCUCUCUGCCACAGUGUGAUGUGGUUGGUCCUGUCCCUGGCAGGUGAGGUCCUUGUAGCCUGUGCCCACCAAGGCAGGGAGCUGGACUAGACAGAAAUGGCCAGAUGCGAGUAGAUGGCCCACGGGGAAGUCUAAGCUGAGGAAUACAGGGAACAUUCCAUCAUUGCCAGAUAGCCUGUUCUUAACACAUCUUGACAAAAUUAAGAUCCUUUGCCCCAGUGCCAAGUCCCUUGGACCCAUUAGAGGACCAAUUUGUACCUUUCCACAGCCCCACUCCAAAGCCUGCCACCUCUGUGGCCUGGUCUUGCUCUGCUAAGCUAUUCUGAACUGUAGUAGUUUUUCUGAAAGUCUUUCUGAGAAUUACGAAAUGAACACAGGGAGGAUCUGGACAGAAAAAGUGCUGAGUGAGUUUAAUCGUCCCUUGCCAUUCACCAGCCAUGUGUCUUUAUGCAAGUUAGCCUCCCGAAGCUGAUUUCCUUCUCUGCCCUCUAAGAAUUGUAGUGACAUUUUUGCUGGCUCUCAUGAGGACCAUACAUGUCCAAAGCCUGGUGGGCAGUAGGCCUGGGGUUGUGGAAGUUCCUAAUUAUAGGCAGGAUCAUGCCAGUCACAUAGGGCUCCUCUGUAGCUCAGGUAGCAACAAAACCUCAGCAAGAGCCUCCUGAGAUACAGGAGCUCCCUUGGGGUAGGGCCUGCGUUUACCUGGGUCCCUUCCUUUUCCUCUCCUGAUCUUGCCAGUCACCUCCAUCUGUCUUUGCCCAUGGUGCUCCUUGGCAGCUAUUCCAUAAAUUUUUGAAUAGGUAAUCCCUUCAUAUAAUUCACAAAUCACGAGUCUUCCUUGCAUCCCUGACCUAGCGAGCCCAACUUAUUGCCCCUUGAACACCCGCUGUGUUCCACUAUGUUCCAUGUAGAUCCUUCCAGUGACCAUUUGUGCAUAAACAGGGAUUACACACGUGUAUAUAUAACUCUUCUCUUUUACUCAUGUGAUACCAGACCAGUAUAUCCAAGGAGCAUUCCUAUUCAUGGGGGAAGAGCCAUCUCAGAAGUCUGAAUAUCUGUACAAGGUGAGCCCAUAAUUGGAGGAUGUCUUUGCAAUCACAUUCCCUUUUGAAUAAGGCAUUUUUUAUUGAUUGCAGCAUACUAAAAUUCUAGUUUUCCAUACAAAGCAGAAAUAGCAAUCCCUCCCUGACCCUUACCACACACUCAGAUAAUAUGAGAGCACCACCAG